GCUGCUCAUCGUCUGUCCGUCUGAAAACCACAUCAUCUCAACCGAGAGGUGCCUUCAGCUUGAUCCCAGUCUCCUUAACUUUAUCCAUCAUGGCUGAGAAUAAGCUGGCCUCCUUUGGGAAGAUGCUGCUGAGGCGUCGCAUGCUGGACACGUCUCAGGACGAGACCCGCUUUGCUCGCUGUCUCACCACUCUUGACCUCAUAGCCCUCGGGGUCGGGGCCACACUGGGUGCAGGGGUCUAUGUCCUGGCUGGGGAAGUGGCCCGAGAGAAGGCUGGACCUGCCAUCGUGCUUUCCUUCCUCAUUGCGGCAUUGUCGUCUGUCCUCGCUGGUUUGUGCUAUGCUGAAUUUGGCGCACGUGUUCCCAAGACGGGGUCCGCUUACCUGUACAGCUACGUAACAGUGGGUGAAAUAUGGGCCUUCAUCACGGGAUGGAACCUCAUUCUGUCAUACGUGAUUGGCACAGCCAGUGUGGCACGGGCUUGGAGCUCAACGUUUGACAAUCUAGUGAACAAAACCAUCUCUGAUUUCUUCACUGAUUACAUGUCGUUUCCAGACACUGGAAAAGUGCUAGCCAAGUAUCCAGAUGUGUUUGCUCUCAUCCUGGUCAUAUUGCUCACUGGAUUAUUGGCAUUUGGAGUGAGUGAGUCUGCACUCGUCAACAAGAUCUUCACAGGAAUCAACCUGGUGGUUCUGAUAUUUGUUAUUAUAUCGGGCUUUGUGAAAGGCAACACUGCCAACUGGAGCCUCACUGUGGAGGACUACAUUAACAGCACAAACAACUACAAUCCAGAGAAAAUUGAAAAAGAUUUUGGCUCGGGUGGUUUUGCACCAUUUGGCGUCAGUGGAAUCCUGACUGGUGCUGCUACUUGUUUCUAUGCAUUUGUGGGUUUCGACUGCAUCGCAACCACAAGUGAGGAGGCCAAAAACCCCAAGCGUUCCAUCCCGAUCGGCAUAGUGGCCUCUCUGCUCAUCUGCUUCUUUGCCUACUUCGGAGUGUCAGCAGCGCUCACACUCAUGAUGCCCUAUUACAAGCUGGAUGUUCAUAGUCCCCUUCCAGAGGCCUUUCAAUAUGUGCAAUGGGGCCCCGCUCGCUAUAUUGUGGCGGUGGGGUCUCUGUGCGCCCUUUCCACCAGCUUGUUAGGCUCCAUGUUCCCUAUGCCUCGUGUGAUUUAUGCCAUGGCUGAGGAUGGUUUGCUCUUUCGCUCCCUCUCCCGCAUGCACAAGAAAACCAAGACACCUUUGCUGGCCACCAUUGUGUCUGGCAUCGUAGCAGCUCUGAUGGCCUUUCUGUUUGAUCUCGCCGCAUUAGUGGACUUGAUGUCAAUUGGGACCCUGCUGGCGUACACUCUAGUUGCUGUGUGUGUACUCAUUCUCCGGUACCAGCCAGGCAGUCUCGGUUCCAGUGGUGCGAAUGAGAAGCCGAUGGAACUGCAGAGGCUGGAGGCUAAAGGAGGCAUGGCAGAUGUGGAUAGUGGUGAUGAGUACGGCCAGGACCUGGAGACAACACCCCUUAAAGAGAGGUUUUCCUUCAGGAUGCUGGUGCAGCCCAUCUGUGACGUACCCACCAAGAUUUCGGGCAUCAUUGUUUACGCUGCAACUGGCACCAUAUCGGUGCUGUUCACUCUGCUGUGUGUGGUGCUGGCAGUGUUCGGAGAGCAGGUGGUGACGGGCAGCCCUCUUUAUAUCACUUUGGUUGUUCUCCUGUCUCUUCUGUCUUCUGUCUGCAUCCUCAUCAUCUGGCGACAGCCCCAGAGUAAAGAGGUUCUCACUUUCAAGGUGCCUUUGCUCCCUAUUCUGCCAUUGGUCAGUAUCUUUGUGAAUAUUUACCUCAUGAUGCAAUUGGAUGGACCUACAUGGAUUCGUUUUGCCGUAUGGAUGGUUAUUGGCUUUAUUAUCUAUUUUGCAUAUGGAAUAAGGCACAGCUCUGAGGGUAAAAACAAUUCCACAGAAAAGUUUGAGCCCAUCCUUCAAGCCAAGAAACCAGUCUGCCUGACUGAAGAUGAGAGUGAACACGAGAGGGCCACACCUUGAGAAGCUCAACUGGAUUGGUAUGCCAGCAACGUUACAACCGGUUUAAGAAAAUGCUGCAGUAUCACUUUAUAAUGCACCUUAUAAUCCUUCAAUAAGCCUGCAUCGAAAACUGACAGUUCAGUAGGAGAACUGUGUAUUUCUUACUCAUUGUUGUGUCAGUAUAUGAUGGUACUGAAACAGUGUUACUUAUGUAUGUCUAGGCUUCACUAUUGAAAGAAUUCAGUCUAGUCCUACAUGUACUUUGUAUGCACAUGUUGUUUUCAGAGGUGGGGCAGGGUGUCUACCUGUGAGUGGUCAUUUUAGGGUGCCUCCCUCCUCACACAAUGAAUGGGAAUAUGUUAUUCAAAGGCUUUGUUUAGACAGGGAGCAAAAAUCUCAUUGGGCGUGCCCAAAUCAAGGUUUUUUUAUUAUUAUUCAUUUAUGAUGCAAUCUUUGUGCAACGUCCUUCAUGUCCACAUUUACUCGUAUAGCACACUGUGUCACAUUUGCAAUGUAGUAAAAGUGACUGGUUGCACAAUGAUGUUCUCUCAUGAGCUCAGCACUGCAGUGAGAUGUCAAGGUGGACACGAGCAAAGGCAAACUUAUGCUUUUCUUUCCUCUCUUUCCACCCUGAGAGGUGUAUGAGUCUCUUUCGGUCUCCAGUGUAGAUACUGAAAAUUAUCAACUGUAGACAAAUAGAUCAGAAUUCAUCCUUUGCAAAAAUGACCAAAUUUAAAGACCAAAUUAGAUUUGAGUGCAGUGUGGACAAACCCAAUAUAUUUUUACCGGACCAGAGAGAAUUGAGAGAGGGUUAAAUAACAUGUGCAUUAUUGUUUUGAACUCAAAACGUCCUUGAAGUACUUCAUUUUAUAAACUUGAUAUGAUUGGAAAAUGAGAUACAUGAAAUUUUAUUGGAUUUUGUCAGUAGUUUUCUAUUUGUACAAGUAUGUGCUUGUAUAUUUUUGUAGAUGUAUUUAUGUAUCAGUAGGAGGAAAAUGUAUUUAUUGUCACUGUAAUAUGUUUUACACAUUUAGAAAGAACGAUACAUUUCAGCACAGAUUUCUCUGUUGAGCUGUACAUAUUUGGGAUGCAAAACGGGAAACCCUUAUUGUCAUUUUAUUGAGUAUUUCCGAAAGGGGUCUAUGUUUUUUACUUACGUGACAACUAAUAUUUUUUUUCAUUUUGAGCAUCAGCAUCGAAGUGCUCUUAUUUUUCAUGCAGUUUUUUUCUAGUUAUAUUCUUAAGAUAACAGUUUAUGCUGUUGUCAUAAUGUUUUUUGUAAAAACAUUGCAAUGUAAAUGCUUUUUUCUUUAAUGGAAAAGUAGAUCUGAAUGUAGAGAUUAUGGAGCUUUGUGACUUUGGUGGCUUUUUCCAUUUGCUGCUGGGAUAUGGUAUAUUUUAUUGACAUGAACAGAGCAAUCUAUUGCUCUUUACACUAAACAGAGUUGUUUGUAUGGUAUUUUUCAAAAGUCAUUACAGUUUGCUGCAAAUAUUGUCAAUUUACAGCCUGUUUUACAAUGAAUGUUUACACAAUGCUGCUGUGUAGGUGAGCUGGAAUGGUUUCUUCCGGUUUAUUAAAAAUCAUAUCUGUUACAAAGUUGAGUUGAGAGUCAGUGUUAUAAAUUUGAACAGACACUGCCUUCUCUUAUAUAGUCUCUUAAGUAUUACUGUAGUCUGAUGGCUUUUCAUGGCUAUGAACCAGUGCUAUGGAUAGCUUUCCUUACUCUUUCAGAUGACAGAGCUGUUCAGUUUUAAGUCCUAAAAUCUGGGAAUAAUUUUAAAGUCAUGUAUUCCCUCUGUGGGAAUUUUUGGUUUAUGAGUACAAUAAGGUCUGUGGUUUACAUUACUUGUUAGCACAGGUUCUUUAAAUUAUAUUAAAGGAACAAAUUUCAAUAUUAGUACAUUUUAAUGAAUCAGAAUCAUUCUUAUCAUUCUGAUUCUGAUUCGAACAGACAUUCCUGUUUACUGUGUUGUAAGUCAUUGUUUAAUAUUCAUGUACAUAUUUGCUUUUUAAAGCUGAAGUGUGAAAUUUCUGUGCCGCUGAUGUCAGCAAAUGAAAAUGCUAAAUAGUUCUGGUUUUCAUGAAAUGGUCCCACCCCAAACUCACACCACUGGUUGAGCCAGAGCUGCUGGAUUGGAUGCUUAAACAUGGAUCUGCAGUAUUUACACUUUUGGGGUAAAUCAGAAAAUAAAUGUCUCACUUUUAGUUCUCUCUGUGUGUUAAGAUGAGAUCUAAGAAAGUAUGUUUACAAUAAAACAAAUUAACCACUUCAGCUUUCCUAUGUAAAUAGUUACUUAAUGUGC